CCACAGUUUACUUUACUCUUUCACCAAAAGACACACAGUCUCCGCAACUGCUCACUCGGAUUUGUGAUUGCCUCCUCCUCUCCUCUCCUUUGCUGUUCCCUCCUCCUCCGUACUACUACUGCUACUGUCACACCAGCUGUCCCCGCCGCCACGAGCAAGGCUUAGUAAUUAAGUUGCUCAGAAUCGACUUGAAAUCGAAUCGGAAGAUAAAAUCAUCAUCAUCAUCAUCAUUGUCAUCGAUCCAAGAUCUAUCUAUCUUAUCUAGCCGAGAAAAGAAGAGAAGAAAGUCAAUCAAAUUCAUAUUUCAAAGCAUGGCCAACAUAGACAUAGAAGGAAUACUCAAGGAGCUCCCCAACGACGGCCGCAUCCCCAAGACCAAGAUCGUUUGCACCCUGGGCCCUUCUUCCCGCUCCGUCCCAAUGGUCGAGAAGCUUCUAAGGGCUGGCAUGAACGUAGCCCGCUUCAACUUCUCUCACGGCACCCACGACUACCACCAGGAGACCCUCGACAAUCUCCGCACUGCCAUGCACAACACUCAGAUCCUCUGCGCCGUCAUGCUCGAUACAAAGGGACCUGAGAUUCGGACUGGAUUCCUCAAGGGUGGAAAACCCAUACAACUUAAGGAAGGGCAGGAAAUUACUAUUACUACUGAUUACAGCAUCAAGGGGGAUGAAGAGAUGAUUUCCAUGAGCUACAAGAAGCUGGCUGUGGAUUUGAAGCCGAGAAAUACCAUUUUAUGUGCAGACGGCACCAUUACUCUCACUGUAUUAUCUUGUAAUCCAGCAGCUGGUACAGUUAGGUGCUGCUGUGAGAACACUGCAAUGCUGGGUGAAAGAAAAAAUGUCAAUCUUCCUGGUAUUGUGGUGGAUCUUCCCACACUGACGGAGAAGGAUAAGGAAGAUAUUCUGGAAUGGGGCGUGCCCAACAAGAUUGAUAUGAUUGCUCUUUCAUUUGUACGCAAGGGAUCAGAUCUUGUUAAUGUCCGUAAAGUUCUUGGACCUCAUGCCAAGAACAUACAAUUGAUGUCAAAGGUUGAGAACCAGGAGGGAGUUAUCAACUUUGAUGAGAUAUUGCGAGAGACAGAUUCAUUCAUGGUUGCCCGUGGUGAUCUUGGAAUGGAAAUCCCAGUUGAGAAAAUUUUUCUGGCACAAAAGAUGAUGAUAUAUAAGUGUAAUCUUGUGGGCAAGCCCGUGGUCACUGCCACUCAGAUGCUUGAAUCCAUGAUCAAGUCUCCACGGCCAACCCGUGCUGAAGCCACCGAUGUAGCUAAUGCUGUCCUUGAUGGCACUGAUUGUGUCAUGCUUAGUGGUGAGAGUGCAGCUGGGUCCUAUCCAGAACUCGCCGUGAAAAUCAUGGCUCGUAUAUGUAUUGAGGCUGAAUCUUCCCUUGAUUACAGGGCAAUCUUUAAGGAGAUGAUAAAGUCGACGCCCCUUCCAAUGAGCCCUUUGGAGAGUCUUGCAUCCUCUGCUGUCAGAACAGCCAAUAAGGCCAGAGCCAAACUCAUUGUUGUGUUGACACGAGGUGGGAGCACAGCCAAAUUGGUGGCGAAGUACCGGCCAGCUGUUCCUAUCCUGUCAGUGGUGGUUCCAGUUCUGACCACAGACUCCUUUGAUUGGACCUGCAGUGAUGAGAGUCCGGCAAGACAUAGCCUGAUCUACAGGGGGUUGAUUCCUCUAUUGGCUGAAGGGUCUGCCAAAGCUACCGAUGCAGAAUCCACAGAGGUGAUCCUGGAAGCUGCUCUGAAGUCAGCAACAGAGAGGGGAUUGUGCACGCCUGGGGAUGCUGUGGUGGCACUUCAUCGCAUUGGAGUCGCCUCUGUUAUUAAGAUCUGUGUGGUAAAAUAAAACUGAGGUUUGCAGAGUACCAACAUUUGCACGGUAAAGCAAUGUAGCUGAGAUGGACUAAAUGGGUUUUGGUUUCUAGCCCCUUAUUAUGUUUUAGCGAUCACAGCAGUGAAAAGUGUAGUAGUUACCUUUCUUUUCUGAAGCUAUGUGAGAGGGCAUGGUACCUCUAGAUUUUUAUUGCUUUAUGCUGCACAAGCUAUGAGCUAUUAUGGGAGUAUGCUUGAUUU